AUGAAAAGUUUAAGAACAUUAUGUGAAAUCUCGUUGAUGAGAAAUCACUCCAAUAUACAAUCUGUCAGUAAUGUUCCCUACCAUCUGCUAAAAAAAAUACUGCAAAAAGUCAAAAUACCGCAGCUGUUGAAACUAGAGAAAAGCAACGUUUUGUUGAUAUUUGAUGACGAUGAUCUAUGGCUAGAAAUGCUGAAGCAAGAUUUUCCGACCAAUGUGCAGGAACAAUUUGUAUCCAAAAGAGAUUCCAUUUGCAAAUAUUAUAUCACUUUCAUAAAGGAGAAUGACAUACAACUUUACCACUCGGAUCAAGACCUAAUAAAACUCUGUAUACGACAGUCGGUGGUCAAAGACCCCCGGAACAACAAGUACCGCAUACCCUACAGAAUGUUAUACUCGAAGUACCAGCAGGAUGUGGAAAAGAAACAAGAAGAAAGCGCAGAGAGGCUGCGAUCAGAAAUGCUGAAACUAAAACAAGAAAGAGAGAAAAAGCAAACUGUAGUAGUAGACCAUACUGUUUACUUCCAAAGAAGAAACCCCAGGAAGACCACGAGGUCGGACAGCGGACCCCACUCGCAACUGUACAUGAAAUCAUUGAGAGAUCACGAAUCCAGACUAAAGCAUUUCAAAGACGGCGGGUUCAACAUUGCGAAAAGGCAUGCACAGCGUGUAGCGUUUGGCGGGAAAGCUGGCGGACAGCCAUCGUCUCCAAAGAAGGAUGCAACGUUGUCCAGGCCGGAACCCGUCAAAACAGACCGAGAAGGGGACGGUCCUACAGAAGAGAAGAAAGACGCUCUAGUUCCCGCCGCACCGAUCAAGAAGAGAAGGUUCGAAUUACCGUCGAUCUUUCUCAACCGAAAAAAACCCGCACUACCCAGGGUGGCGACCAAGAUCAACACUGCACUUCCUCGUCCCGCUCCAGCAUCGAUUACCAAUGAUCACCAUCCCCACACAAACACCGCUUCCUCCUCUACGUCAACUGCCACCGCUAAUACCGUACCGAAAGGCCACAAGAAGAAGAAAUCGGGCAUCUUCGUACAAAAUGCCGGUCCUGCCGGAAAUACUACGCCGCACGUGACCGCCAACAUGCCCGCUACCCGGCCGUAUAUCCACGAUCCGCGGAAAUAG